AUGAGUACUGCUAGGUGCCCGUCUGAACCGUGCAAGAUUCCCGGUAAGUCAUCGUGGCCGGAGCUAAUGGGACAAAAUGUGGACAAAGCAGUGAGUAUAAUACACAAAGAGAAUCCAAGUCUUCACGUUGUGGUGUUAAACAUAUCGAAGCCAAUUCCAGAGCCAGUGGACUGUGCUCGUGUUCUUGUUUUCAUUAAUGACAACCAGCAGGUUGCUCUCCCACCUGUUGUUUGUUGAACUUCAUUAGUA